UGUCUUGUAGGGGCUGGUCUUGGCCAUUAAAAUCACGGGCUGAAAAUGGGUCUCACUCUGGCCCUGCCUCAAACCAAUCUGCAAAUAAAUACUCGAGACAUUCUAGUCAUGAUCAUCUGUGAGACAAACAUCUGUCCUGAACUGAUCUUCUCUCUGAAAUCACCUGUUGAACAUCGAGUAGUGGAUUUUCUUUUGCACUUUUCAGACCUGCAGCAAGAUGCUGGUUUUAUUUUUCUGUCUGCUCUCUCUGACAGCAGCGGCUGCUGAAGUGGGUCUUGGUGGUAAAGUACUUCUGUUUCCAAACAAGACUGAUUCAAGCUAUGUUAAACUCACUCCUGAAAAGUCACUGAGUCUUAAAGCAUUUACUCUCUGCAUGCGUGUCGCAAUGGAGCUCCAGAGCGAGAGGGAGAUCAUUCUGUUUGCCUACUGCAUGCCCGGAUUUGACGAGCUCAACGUGUGGAGAGAGAAAGAUGGUCGGGUAUCCUUGUAUUUGCAUUCUAGUGGUGAAGCAGCAUUUUUCCACCUGCCUCCGCUCUCCAUCUUUCAUACUCACAUGUGCGUCACCUGGGACUCUGCACCUGGUCUUGCUGCCUUUUGGGUGGAUGGACGGCGCAGUUCCUUCCAGCUCUAUAGAAAAGGUCACUCAGUUCUUCCUGGCGGCACCAUCCUGCUCGGCCAAGACGCUGAUUCGUGUCCAGGGUCCUUUGAUGCAGAGCAGAGCUUUGUAGGUGAAAUUACAGAUGUGAAAAUGUGGAAUUAUGUUCUCUCUGGCAGUCAGAUUAAGGCGGUUUAUUCAAAUCAGGAACCGUAUGUGCCAAAGGGAAACGUGUUUGACUGGAGCACCAUCAAAUAUGAGACCAGGGGAAAUGUGCUAGUGGUUGAAAAUAACUGAUCCUAAUCAGUUGUAACUUCACACACAUUGUCAUCCACACAGUUGUGUCAGUCUUUAUGAUCUGUUCAUCUGUUUUAAUCAGUUACAAAACUGUACGGGGUUAACAAAUAAAUUUUUCUCAGCAUUACAA